AUAUAUAUAUAUAUAUGCGUACACAUAUAGAUAAAUAGACAGAAUAUGUUUGCGUGAUUUGUGAAACGAACUUAUAAUUUAGUGUGAAAGGAUGCCAUGGAUGAACAGAAUAAUGAUCCUUAUGAACAACAGCUUUAUGCUGUGUUUCAAAGUUGUUUAACAAAAGGAGAAACUGAAUUACGAGAAGAUAAUUGGCUCAGUUUAUGCCACAAAUUACAUUUGGCAGAACAAAGUGAAGAAUUAAAAUCAUGCAUCCAACAACAUGAACAAGAAAAACAAUCUAUAUCAUUCCAAGAAUUUAGAACUGCUUUAUUAACUUUAUUAGGAAAAACACAAAAUCCAAUUAUACAAACAGAGAAAGAUAAUAUAACAGAAUCACAAAAUGAUAUAAAUUCACAUAUUAUAGAUAAUAAAAAAUGUAAUUCUUUAGCAUCUAAUAAUUCUAAUUCUAAUGUAGAUUUUUUAAAUGGAAAAACAGGUGUAACAAUAAAUGAAAAUAGACUGAAAUGUUUAUGGGAAAAGAUAAAUAUUUAUUUAAAAGAAAAUGUGGAUUCUGCAACAAUCUUUUUUAUAUCUAACUGUUUAGGAAUCCCAGCUCUUCCAAAACAGAUUUCACAAUGCAUUUUUGAAAAACUUGAUCAAAAUUGUGAUGGAUUGAUUAGUUUAGAUGAAUUUCUUGUUAUAUUUCAAAAUAAAGCAAUGGAAGAUCAAUUAACUUUAGAUAAAAAUAAUGAUUCCACAAAAGAGUUAACUAAAUUAGAUUUUAGAAAACGAAACUUUGAUAUACAUACUUCCCGCAAAACUAGUUUUACGAGGAAUAAUACUAUUCUGGACACAUGGAAAUUUUCUAAUAUUACAAAUACAUCUUUAUUAACGGAUGGAGGUCUUAAAAUAUCUGAAAUUUCUUUAACAGAUUUAACAUCUACCUUAUGUGAUGAAUUAAAAAAUUUUAAUGAUUCAUUAGAUUAUUCUGCAAUUCGAUCUCAUAUAAUGUUGUUACGAGAUGUUCUCAUAUUAUAUCAGGAAGAAUUACAUAAUUUAAACCUUAUGAUAGAAAAUAUAAAUAGUGAAAAAGAGAAACUUCGUAUCGAUGCUGUCGAAGCUAAUGAACGAGCAAAUACUCUUGCUCAAGAAAUUGAUGAGCAACAUGUUCGACAAGAAGAGAUUGUUCAAAAUUUACGAAAACAAAUUGAGCAACGUCAUUCUGAAACUAUACAAGAUUUAUCAAACCAACUUAGUUCUGAACGAGAAAUGAGUGCUAGCAUUCUGAAAUCAAAAGAUGAUCAAAUACAAAUAUUACAAAAAGAAAAUCAUGAAAUUAGAAAUAAGUUUGUAAGUACAUUACAAGAAAAUCAAGUUUUAGAAAAUGAAAAUGAGAAUCUUCGUAAUCAAAUUGAAAAAUUUAAACAAUCAAACAAUGAAUUAAUAACUCAAAUAAAAAUGUUGGCGGCAGAACAUGAUGAGUCGCAAAAUAUAGAGGUGAAACAUCAACAGGAAGUUAUAUAUUUGGUAGAUCGUAUUAAACAAUUACAAUUAGAAGCAGUUCUUUUACAAGAUCAAAAUGAUGAAUUAACAGCAGAAAUAGAAAGUUUAAAAUUGCAUGAUCGUCAUACUAAAGAUAUAAGACCGAAUAAUUUUUCUGGUACUCAUAUAGUAACUCAUACAAAGAAUACACAGUCAAAUGAAAAUGAAAAUAAAGAAACAUUUGUAGUUGAGGAAGAUGAUUUAGAUGUAGUUUUAAAACAUUCCACAUCUCUGUCUAGUAAUUCCAAUGAAGAUGAAAAUUGUAAAGUGAUAGAUUUAAAACAAUUUAAAGAUACAGUUAUAAAGCAAUUAAAAAAUAUAUAUUUAAUUAAUAGUAACAAAUGUACUUCAGACAAUUGUGCAUUUAAAGAUGAAAUAUCAGAUAUGAUUACGAGAUUACAAUCUUAUUCAAAUACACAAAUUUUUAAAGAAGCUGAGUUUAUCAAAAGUAUUGCAUCUGAAAUAGAAACAGAAUGUGAAGAACGAACGAGUGAAUCUUUAAGAGAUUUUGUUGUCCCUAAACAUAAAAAUUCUGUUUGUAUGAAACGAAUAAUAACAUCCAAUAGUAAUGAUAAUAAUUAUGAUGUCGAUAAUUUCAAUCAAGAUAUAAAAAGUUCAUUGCAAAAUAAAGUUUUAAGUCUUAGAGAUUAUCCUCCUCGUAAAGAAGAACAUACGAAUACAGAUAAUCCAAAAUUAAAUAAAGAAAAAGAUGUUUCAAUUAUUAAUUACAUCAAUACAAAGACUAAUAAUGAAAUUAAUACAAGAGCUAAUUCAAGUUUAAUAAAAACUGAAUCAUCUGAAAAUAUUCUUUUAAACUCAAAGCUCAAAGAACUUGAAGCAGCUCAUGCUGCUGAAAAGAAACAAUUGAUUGAACAAUGUGCAGAAUUAGAAAGAAGUUUGGAUAUGCUUAAAAUAGAAUAUGAAGAAUGCGAAGAUUAUUGGACUGCUAAGUUAGAAGAAGAAAGACAACUUUUUGAACAAGAACAAAAAAUUAGUGACGAAAAAUUUUCAGAACUUAUAACUAAAAUGGCAGAAUAUGAAGAAUUAAUUAGUCCAGUUGACAAAGUAAAAAAUGGUCGUUUGUCUCCAAUUGAAGAGAAAUUUAAUUUAGAACAACAAUAUUUAGAUUUAGAAGAAGAAUUUGAAAAAUGGAAACUACAAAUGGAAGAAGAAAUUUCUCAAAAAGAUAAAGAAAUUAAAGAUUUACAUGAAAAAAUAAAAUGUUUAGAACGACCGAUAAUGACUGAUGUGUCUAUACAAGUUACAGAUGAAUUUAUUUUUCCAUUUUUAUUAACACGAUCAAAUUAUGUUCCUAAUGAUUCAUUCAGUGUUAAACCGUCCAGUGAAUCAGUUUCAAAAUUAACUCAAUGUAGUGAUAAUAUUCGCAAUCUAUCUGAAGAAUUUAAAUAUAAUGGGAUCCUAGAAUCUUCAACUUUAUCAAAUGAUUUUAUUCCACGAUUAAAAAAAGAUGACAUAGAUAGUGGCAAUUGUAAUUUACAAAUGCAAUAUUCUAUGAAAGUUAAUGAUGUAUUUAAAGUUGAAACGCCAGAAUUACAAUGGAAAAUAGUAGGUAAUAAUGGAAAAAUCUUAAAAGAAGAAAAUGUUCACAAUGCAGAAUAUGAUUUUGUACAGAAUACAUUAAAGUUAAAAGCAUCAAAUUGUCAGUGCAUGCGAAGUGAUACACAAGUAGAUUGUAUAAAUAUUAAUAUAUUACAGAAUUUAAACAUGAAACUUCAGGCACAAGAGCGUAAAAGACAUCAAUUGCAAGAAUGUUUUAAACAACAGCAAUACCAUAUUGAGCAUGUAUUACAACAUAUUAUAUCUCAACAUCAAGUAGAAAUAUCAGAAUUACAAUGUCUUCUUCGUAGUACUCAAGAAAGACUUCAAAUAGAAUUUCAAACAAAUGCAGAACAGGCUGAACGAUUGGCACAAACUGAUAUAUUAGUAAAAGAUUUAUAUAUAGAAAAUGCCUGUUUAACAGCUAAUUUAAAACGUUUACAACAACACUAUAAUAUGAUAACAGGAUUGAAUACUGAAUCAACUUCAAUAUGAUAUUGCAAUCAGUUAUUAAUAACAUAUGAUAGAAAAAGCUUUAUUAAUAAAAUAUUAGUACUAACGCUACUAAUAUUUUAAAUGAGUGAGUCAGAGAUAAAUAAUCUAUCUCAAAUGUUAAUUGUGAUACAUACUAUUUUUUUUUAAUUACAGUAUCAAAAAAAUAAACAAAAUUCAUAUUUUUUUUAUUAUAAUGUUGAUGUUAAAUCGUAGUAUAGUUUGAACAUCUAAAAAUAAGUAGUUAAAAUUUUUCAAAUUGAUAUACGUAUUUUUAUUUAAUAUUUUAACAUGUAUACAUAUAAUGUUAAAAUAAUUAUAAAUAUAUAUCUUAGAUUUCAUUUUGUGUAUACAUGUACAGAGAUUAAUUACAUCAACAUAAAAGUUAAUACAAUUCAUUGUGUAAUAUUAUACAUAAUGAAGAAAAAUAUAUAAUACAUUUUUUUUUAAGAAAAAUGUAGUAUAAAAAAAAUGAAUGAUAAAAUUACCAAUGAUUAAAAAAGUUGAAAUAAUUAAAAAUAAUUAUAUUUAUAUUUAAAGCAAACAGUAUUUAAUAUUAAAUUCAAAUUUUUUUAAUGUGAAAUGAAAUUAAAUUAAUAUAUCAUUGAAUUAUUAUAAUUAAUGAAAAUAUAUAAUCUGUUUUAUAACUGUUAAAUUAUAAACGGAUUUAAUUUAAAUAUAGUUAAAAACAGAUUUAAUAAAAAACGGGUAUAAGAUUUAAUUUUCAGGAAUCUAUAAUUAUAAUUUAUAUUAAAAAAAAAAAAACAAAAGGAAACAUAUAACUCGAUCAUAAAUUAUAAUAAAAAAAAAAUAAUCAAAUUAAUUAGUACAAAAAAUUAUAUUAUCUUUUUUCUAUAUAUUAUUUAUUAAAUUAUCAUAUACUCAAAAAAAUUCAAAACUGUUUGCUUAGAUUUUUUAACCUAUAUACCAAAGAUAGGAAAUUUCGAGUUUAACAAUCAUUAAUUAAUCAUUAUUAUUAUGUAUACUCGUUAUUUGUUACGUAUAAGCAAUUACUUUCUUAGUAAGAAAGAGAUAUUUUAUUUUAUAAUAAUUAUUAUGAUUAAAUUACAAUAAAGUUAUUUUGUUAUUUUAAUAAUGUCACUUACACAUAUAAAAGCUUAUACGAAAUAAAUAUAUUAUGUACACAGUAGUAUCAUCAUUUAUAAUAAUAGUAAAAUAAUUAAGGAGACAUUUAAAUUGUAAUACUGAUUUUUUAAAUUAAAAUAGAAUAUAAUUGGUUUUUUGUUUCUUAAAUGAUGAGAUUCUAUUUAAUAUAAAAUUGAAUGUAAUAUAAAUUCUAUAUAAAUGUUCAUUGAAUUUAUUAAUAUUAUUGUUAAAAAAAAAUUAUUUAUAUUUUCAAAAUUUUCAAUGUUUAAUGUUUAAUGGAUUCAGUAUUAGAGAUUCUGAGCUUUAUGAUAUAUGAUCAAGAUUAAUGUUAUUAACAUUAAUAUUUUGCAUUCACUUAUAUUACACAGUUUUCAAUAAUAACAUGAGAAUUACUGUGUAUUAAAUAUUCAACCAAAUAUAUGCAAGAUAUUGUAUAAUA